UUUAGGGCCAUUAACUCUGACCACGUGCCUGAGAGGCAAGGUGGAUGCGCCUGGCACAGAGGCUACUCAUGACUAUGUGCUGGGGAGCGGGACGUCUGCAGGGCACGCUGCAGGCCCUGGUCUUCCUGGGCAUCCUGCUGGGCAUGGUGGCGCCCUCUCCUGCGGGCACCCGCGCCAACAGCACACUGCUGGACUCGAGGGGCUGGGGCACCCUGCUGUCCAGGUCCCGAGCUGGGCUAGCUGGAGACAUCGCUGGGGUCAAUUGGGAAAGUGGCUAUUUGGUGGGGAUCAAGCGGCAGCGGAGGCUGUACUGCAACGUGGGCAUCGGCUUCCACCUCCAGGUGCUACCCGGCGGCCGGAUCAGCGGGAGCCACGAGGAGAACCCCUACAGCCUCCUGGAGAUUUCCACAGUGGAGAGAGGUGUGGUGAGUCUCUUUGGAGUGAAAAGUGCCCUCUUCAUUGCCAUGAACAGUAAAGGAAGAUUAUACGCGACGCCCAGCUUCCAAGAGGAAUGCAAGUUCAGAGAAACCCUCCUGCCCAACAAUUACAACGCCUAUGAGUCAGACCUGCACCGAGGGACCUACAUUGCACUGAGCAAAUAUGGACGGGUAAAGCGGGGCAGCAAGGUGUCCCCAAUCAUGACUGUCACUCACUUCCUUCCCAGGAUAUGAGGACCCUGAAACAAGGUUCACAGGUUGAAAGCGACAUCUUUUCUAUUGGAAUUUUGCACAAGUGAACAAUUCCCCACUCCCCCAUGACUCCUGAGUCAGGUUUGUCUUGUGCUCGGGGAGACCUGAGUUGGUUCCCUUGGCCACCAGACCCCAUGACAUGUAACCCAUCUAAGUGAGGGGUUGAAGCCAGCAUUCUAGAAAGGCAAUGGAGCCCAUGCUAUGACCUCACCUGAGGAAAGAAGUUACAGAUGACACUUAUAGAAUGUGACUUUGUGCACAGGAAAAGGCCAGGGUGGAAGUAUGUGUGCGUUGAUAUAUAGCCAUACAUCUUCGUAUGUAUUGUCAGAGCAAAGACAUUUCAGAGCAUCAGGUUUCUUUCUGCCGGAAUCAUCGCUGCAGGCAUGUGCCCGCAAGAAUGUCACUUGUCAAACUAGCAGGAUUGAUGUGUACUCCCAUUCUGCCUCUUUCCAAUCAUCUUUCCAUUGAGAGGCCACUGGUUGCGCGGGUUACGUGGGUGGUAGGGAACAGCUGUCCUCUAGGUACAGAGAGGGCAUGACGAGCGGGAGUAAGAUUUAACUGCAAACCAGAAAGAAAGUGAGCAGGUACUCCAACCUCCUUGCCUGUGAGUGCUCUGGGGACACUGGGAUGCAUUGUUAGGGCAGCGGGGGGAAGAAGUCAUCCCCUUGUUGGAGGAAAGGGGCAGAACAGUGUCUUGGGCAGUAGGAGAAGGUCUGCAGGAAGCCGUGGGAGGGACGGGAUGUUCUAUGAAGAGCCAUGCUGCUUGGAGGAGUCGGUGCUUUGUGUGGCUCCAAGAACAAGCAAGGCCAGGCUGCCUGCCCAUAACUUUUCCUCACUGUGAACCGGGGUUUAUUUUAACCUCAGAUGACAAGGAUCCUAAUAAUGGCAACCUGUUUGGCAAGGGGUGAAGGGAUGCAAAAUAGGGCAUGAAGGAAGUAGAGAGGCUUUGGAUGCCAGAUGAUAAUUCCUCUCCAGCUACGUCCAGGAAACUCACCCAAGUUCUCAUCUGAUACUUGCACUUCCUUCUUGGUCGUCCUCCUCUCACAUACACACUGGUGCCUGGGUGCAGUAGAAUGGACACUGUGAUGUCCGCAGGCCGCCCCCUUGGAACCCCUACAGUAGGAGAGUGAUAAUCCUGUGAAAUCAAGUAGCCAAGCUGGAGCAGCUCCUUGCUGGACAAUGUCUUUUUGCCUCCUGAAUAUUCAGAGAUUCCCCAAACGACUAUAAAUGUUAUCUGCCUGGAGCCUUCAGAUUCCUGAACCAUUGGAACGUUCCUAAAUCGGAAACCUGAGCGAGCCAGAUCGGAGUGCAAAUAUUUUCAGCAUACGUGAACCAUCGAGUUACAAUAUGACCUGACACCCUCGGCUACUUUCAGGGGCCCCUGCCUGCAAGACAACCCCUCAUCUGCUGCAAAUGCCUUCAUCUUUGGCAUACCUCUCUAUAUACAGAUGUGCCCAUCUAUAGAUAGCUCUGAUCUGAACGAGUGUGAGCUGUGAUGGAGGUUGACAAUCCCAGGGAGAGGUAAACAUUAGGGAAGACAUGUGCUGGGUGAGGAGGAAAAGUCCACACCGAGGUGAGUGAAGAUUCAACAGACAGCAGAGCUCAGGAGCAAGAGUGGAUAUGGCCAAGCCUUGGUUGGAAACUGGAAGGAGCUAUGGUCCCAGAUCAAGGAGAAAGGAGAGAAAAUUGGUCCGUUUGGCUAUUUGGAGGCAGGGGACAAAGCUUAUUGUUUCUCAGGAGAUCUUGUUCAGAGUAAUCUGUCUCUAUGACAGGUUUCAUCAGAAACAUACUCUCAGAACCUGAGGUGUGUAUCAGCUCCUGAUGGAACAUGCCGGUAGUGUAGGAAGGCUGGGUGGACGGAUGGACUGUGAU